UGUGUUUAUGUGUGUACGCAUGUGUGUGUGCGUAUGCGUGCGUGUGUUUAGUUGUGUGCGUGCGUGUGUGUGUGUGCGUGUGUGUGCGUGAUUGUGUGAGUGUUAAAAUUCGGUUCGAUUAUCACAUUCAUCUGGCUACAUAUUUGAUAAACUGCUGAUCCGGCUGGUCGAUGUUUGACUUUGCGUCGCUCCUCCUUCAAAAGCACAAGCCCCUACUUUAAAACUCUUAGAAACUCAGUCCCGCACUGACUGCAGCAGACCCCUUUUAACUCUUAGCACUUCAGGAUCGUUAAGCAUGGACCAAGUCUCCACAUACACACGUGAAAGCAGCAGUAAGAGGAAAGCGAUCGCUGUGGUGGGAGGAGGUUUGGUUGGAUCGCUGAACGCCUGCUUCCUUGCCAAAAGAGGAUUUGACGUUGCAGUCUAUGAAUCCCGAGAAGAUAUCCGGCAAGCAAAAGUCGUGAAAGGUCGAAGCAUCAACCUGGCCCUGUCACACAGGGGACGACAGGCCUUAAAACAUGUGGGAAUGGAGGACAAGAUAGUCUCUAAAGGCAUUCCAAUGCAUGCCCGUAUGAUCCAUAAUCUGAAUGGAAAACGCUCUCCAAUACCCUAUGGCAAGAAGGGACAGUACAUCCUCUCUGUGGACAGGGCUAACCUCAACAAGGAGCUGCUAACAGCGGCAGACGCGUAUCCAAACACUACGCUGAACUUUAAUCAUAAGCUGCAGGACUGGAGUCCAAAAACGGGAACAAUGACCUUCACUGGACCUGAUGGCCAGAAGACAGAGAUCCAGGCUGAUCUGAUCGUAGGCUGUGAUGGAGCUUUCUCUGCCGUCAGGAAGCAGUACCUACGGCAAAGUCGUUUCAAUUACAGCCAGACGUACAUUCCUCACGGAUACAUGGAGCUCACCAUGCCUCCUAAAAACGGGGAUUUUGCAAUGGAGCCCAAUUACUUGCACAUUUGGCCAAGAAACACUUUCAUGAUGAUUGCCCUGCCCAAUUUGGACAGGACGUUCACAUGCACACUCUUCAUGCCCUUUGAAGAAUUCGAGAAGAUCCGCUCCGGUGACGAGGUCAUUCGUUUCUUCCUGAAGUACUUUCCUGACGCUGUACCUCUAAUAGGAGUUGAGGCUCUCAAACAGGAUUUCUUCCGGCUGCCAGCUCAGGCCAUGGUCUCAGUGAAGAGCUCCCCGUAUCAUCUGUUUGAUAAAUGCGUUCUUAUGGGAGAUGCGGCCCACGCUGUGGUUCCUUUCUAUGGUCAAGGCAUGAAUGCAGGCUUUGAGGAUUGUUUAGUUUUUGAUGAGAUUAUGGACCAACUGAAUGAAAACCUUGCUGCUGUGCUUGAAGAAUACACCAGAGUCCGUGUACCUGAUGAUCACGCCAUAGCCGACCUGGCCAUGUACAACUAUGUAGAGAUGAGAGCACACGUCAAUUCCAGAUAUUUCCUGUUCCGAAAAUACCUGGACAAUUUCCUGCACUUCAUCAUGCCAAAAACGAUCAUCCCGCUUUACACAAUGGUCACAUUCACCAGAACGCGGUACCAUGAAGCGGUGAAGCGCUGGCAUUGGCAAAAUAAGGUGAUCACUGAAGGUCUGUGGCUGUGUGGAGCUGUAUCUGCUGCAGGAGGGACUUAUGUCUUGUUCAGAUACUCUCAUAAACUCCCCAGCAUCUCUGCAGAGCACCUGUGGAGUCGUAUACUUGCCUUAAAGCGCUUCUAAUGCACAGGACACCCUGUGUUGAUGUUUAGUAGUCUUAUUACGUCAGAGGAACAACUCUCAAAAGAUCUUUCAUGCCUCUGCACUGGACCGGAAUUAAAGUACUGUUCAACACAAGUUAAACAAAAAAAAUGCUUUGCAUUUCGUGUUAAGAUGCUGAUUACCACCGGAAAUCAUUUUUGAGUAAUUUGUCAAUUUAGUACACUUAAAAUGGGGGUACAGCGGACCAGCUUUCCAGAUGGUUUAAAGCAGAAAUGUAACUUGUAUGAUUAUUAAAGCACUUAUGGAAACUUUA